UCCAGGUGUCUUUGAUCAGCCAGUGUUCACCGGACAGACAGACACCAUGAGACUGCUCGCUCUGAUACUGCUGGUUGGAGCUGCUGUGGCAGUGCGUGAGGAUGGUAAGAUCAUCGGUGGCCAGGAGUGUGAACCUCACUCCCGACCCUGGAUGGCCUCCCUCAACUACGGGUACCACUUCUGCGGAGCCGUGCUCAUAAACGAGCAGUGGGUGCUCUCUGUCGCUCACUGCUGGUACAACCCCUACGCUAUGCAGAUCAUGCUUGGAGAGCACAACCUGCGUGUGUUUGAGGGAACUGAGCAGCUCAUGAAGACUCAAAACAUAAUCUGGCAUCCCAGCUAUGACUACCAGACGCUGGACUAUGACAUGAUGCUGAUCAAGCUGUUCCACCCUGUGGAGAUCACUGAUUAUGUGAAGCCCAUCCCGUUGCCCACCAGCUGCCCAUAUGCAGGCCCCUGCUCCGUCUCUGGCUGGGGCAACAUCGCCACCGAAGAGGUUAACAUGCGCCGUCUGCAGUGUCUGGAUGUGCCCAUACUGGAGGAUGAGAAGUGUGAGAUGGCCUACCCUGGCAUGCUCACCCGCAGGAUGGUGUGUGCCGGAUACAUGGACGGAGGCAGAGACGCAUGCAACGGGGACUCUGGCAGUGGUCUAGUGUGUUUGGGUGAGGUUCAUGGCCUGGUGUCCUGGGGUCAGGGCUGUGCCGUGCCGGAUCCCGGAGUCUACGUCAAAGUGUGUGAGUUCUCCUGGAUCGAUGAGACCAUGAAGGCCAACAUGUAACACCAUAGCUCUUUCCUCCCUGUCUCUCAGACCUCCACUCC